GGGCGGGGCUGGUGCGGUUCUUUUAUUUACGCCUCAAAAACAUGCCUCAACAGAAAUGAAGCUUUGCGAUUGAAUAUAAACAGCUCUUAUUAUAAUAAAAAACGGAAAGAAAUGAAGCAGAAACUCUCUCUACUUUUACUGGUAUACUUGGCCUUGUUUGCUGGAGAAGGAAACGCAAAAGGCGAUGAUGAUGAUGAUGAUGAUGAUCAGGAUCGCUACACCAACAGUUGGGUAGUUGAACUGGCCAGCGAUCAAGGACACGACGCUGCCGAAGAGCUUGCCAAGACCCAUGGAUUUACAAAUAUGGGACAGGUUGGUAAUCUUGAAGGAUACUAUCACUUUAUUGAUCACGAAUCAAGCACAAGAACCACACGCUCCCUUGACACAAAACACUUAAACUUGAUGAACGACCAACAGGUUGUUUCUGCUGAGCAGCAAGUGUCACAGAAAAGAGUGAAGAGGUCAAUUGUUGUCCCUCAUGACACUAUGUGGUCCAGACAAUGGUACCUGAAUAGAGAAAGCAAAAACAUGAAUGUUAUGCCAGUCUGGGACCAAGGAAUAACAGGGAAGGGAGUGGUGGUCACUAUAUUAGAUGAUGGUCUUGAGCACACUCACCCUGAUCUGAAAGCCAAUUACGAUGCAGAAGCUAGUUAUGAUUUCAAUGCCAACGACCACGAUCCUUUCCCCCGUUAUGAUGUAACCAAUGAGAACAGACAUGGUACACGCUGUGCUGGCGAGGUUGCGGCCAGCUUGAACAACGUCUGUUCAGUGGGUGUGGCUUAUCAUGCCAAAAUAGGAGGUGUCCGUAUGUUAGAUGGUCAAGUCACUGAUAUAGUUGAAGCCAAGUCCCUUUCAUUUGGCUAUGAGCACAUUGAUAUAUACAGCAGUAGUUGGGGACCCAAUGACGACGGGAAGACUGUCGACGGGCCAGCAAAACUAGCAAAGAAAGCUUUCCUGAAUGGAAUAGCUAAGGGUCGUAAUGGGAAAGGCUCGAUAUUUGUUUGGGCGUCAGGCAAUGGAGGGUCAUACUCUGAUAGUUGUAAUUGUGAUGGGUACGUCCUGAGUCCGUUCACCAUUGCCAUUGGGUCAAUCACAGAAUAUAAUAAUUUCCCCUGGUACGCCGAGAGAUGUUCUUCAAUAAUGGCCAUCACGUAUAGCAGUGGGAGCUCUAAUGAAAAGAAAAUUAUUAGUACUGAUCUUCAUGGACUGUGCACUGAUAGUCACACUGGUACAUCAGCUGCUGCCCCAAUGGCUGCCGGAAUGAUAGCUCUAGCACUGGAAAUAAGGCCUGACCUAACAUGGAGAGAUGUUCAGUACAUUAUUGUGUACUCUUCUAGCUCAGCGAUUGAUGAUGAUGAGUGGAUAACUAAUGGUGCUGGGUUGAGAGUCAGUUCUAAGUAUGGCUAUGGUCUACUAGAUGGUGCUGCAUUAGUUAAUAGAGCAAGACAUUGGGUGAUGGUACCAGAGAGACAGAACUGCACUGUACAUGUUAAACUGACAGAAGAACAGCAAUCUCAGUCUUCUGUUAUUCAAAUACCAAUUGACAUUACUAAGGAGUCCUGCCCUGGGGUACUUUAUUUGGAGCACGUCCAAGCAAUCACGAGUCUCUCAGUCAAUAAAGGAUUGCGUGGGAAUAUCGCCAUAUCUCUUCGCUCACCCUCCGGCACUCUCUCAAAACUAUUACCGACACGUCAUUUAGAUCGUCACUCAACUGGCUUUGAUCAAUGGCCGUUCAUGAGUGUAAUGAACUGGGGUGAAUCACCAAUGGGUCGCUGGGUAUACACUGUUACUACUGUAGCAAAUGCAGAGUUUACCAUGACCGAUUUAACUUUAGUACUGUAUGGGGUUGCUUCAAAACCAGUCGCUGUGAGGAAUAUACCUAAAAAGUGCUCACCGGAGUGUAAAAGUGGCUGCUCUAAGGCUGGUCCUCAAUACUGUGACACUUGCUUGCACAAGCAAGUGCUCUCUACCCUAGAGUGCGUUCAAACCUGUCCUACAGGUACUUACUCAAAAGGACAGUAUUGUAUAGAUUGUCCCAAGUAUUGCACUAAAUGUACGGAUGACAGUACAUGUCAAGAAUGCAAGCUAGGAGCUUACAAGUUGCCGUCGGGUUUAUGCAAUUCAACUUGUACUGAUUCCACAAUCUUUGUCAAUAAUAGCUGUCAAGCCUGUCAUGUAUCUUGCAUGACUUGUGAUGGAUUGGGUGAUGAUGAUUGCACCUCGUGCCAUCAGCCCCAGUAUCGGCUGGUCAAUGGGCAGUGUGUCUUUCAUCCCAACUGCUCUUCAGGUCAAUACUUUGAGCAUCGUGUGUUAGGCUGCAAGAGCUGCCAUGGGUCUUGUUUGGAGUGUUCGGGGAGGAAGGAGAGUGACUGUACCUCCUGCUCUCCUUCAAAAGUAUUCAGGGAAGGGAGUUGUAUUGAUAAAGCAGACUUCUGCUCAACUGGAGAAUAUUACAGUGAAUCUACUGGCUCUUGUGCUGUGUGUCCUCCUGGCUGUAGCUCAUGCAUUAAUGACUUGACAUGCUUGAAAUGUGAUCAGCAUUUAUACAUUUAUUCUGCACUGAUGGAGCACUCUAACCUCAGGCGUACUUUUUGCAUUGAGACCUGUCCUGAUGGCUAUUAUGGAGAUAUAAAGUCCGGGAACUGCACAUUGUGUUCCUCUACCUGUGCCACAUGUACUGAUGCUCCUGCUAAUUGUACAACAUGUGUUCAAUCUGGUGUUCUCCCUCAUAAUGGUUCUUGUCCUGCUCCUUGCUCUCCUCAUCAGUUUUAUAACUUUGCUUUAGCGUCUUGUGGCGAUUGUCCCAUGAACUGUAGUAGUUGCUCUAAUGAAACUUAUUGUACGCGUUGUUUGAGUGGUUUCUAUCUUAAUGCUAGAGGGGAGUGUUACCCUCAGUGUGCUACUGGUACUGUUCAGAAUCCUCUAUCCGGUCAAUGUGAAUCCACCAAAUGCCACUCGACUUGUUUAACUUGUGUAGGGCCCAGUAAAAAGGAGUGUCUUAGCUGCUCCAAGGAUCUCAUUUUCUUUAAAAAUGAAUGCUGGAAGGCCUGCCCUGUUGGCUUUUAUAGGACAAGCAACAGGAAUGAGGAGAGUGUUUCAUGCAGCUCCUGUCACAGUAACUGUAGGACUUGUGAUGGUCCCACUGAUGGAGAAUGUCUAUCGUGUAGUCAUUUAAAGCCAUACCUUGAUGGCUAUCAUUGUGUACAAAAGUGUCGCUCAGGUUACUAUGUUAACAUGCAUAAAGCCUGUCUUCCCUGCUCUUCGCAGUGCACCCAUUGUACUGAUGGGUCCACUUGCUCUCAUUGUCAAGGAAGCUAUGUUGUUGGCCCUGCUGGUGAUUGCCUCUCUGAAUGCCCAGCACAAUAUCACGAAUCUAAUGGUCUUUGUGUUAAUAAUCAGAGAACAAUCAUCCAAUCUACAACUACUGUAGAGCAGCCUUCAGCAAAAUCUUGGACUGUUUUUGUAGUCAUGGUCACUUGCCUCCUUCUUUUGGGGGUACUAUCAAUACUGAUACUUCUAGUGUGGAAGAGGCGUAACUUGCAUCUAGUGCUAAGAAGGAAUAAGAAUAAUUAUGUGGUACUGUAUCCCGACAAUGAUGAGUUUGAAAUGAACGGACAGCCUGGGAGUGAGUCUGAAACUGAGAUAUUUUCACGUUCCGAACCCAUGUAAUCUAUUUUAAGUUUUAAUAUUUUACACCAGUUUUUUUGAAAAGAAUUUAAAUAAAUAUUUCAAA